UGCUUGAACCCCCGCCAUGGAGGCAACUCUUUUCAGCUCGCAUCACUUUCAUCCCCGACUCCUUCCGAAAAAACCCACAAAAUUCCGAGGUCAGUUUCCACCUCGUUUCCCGGGAAAGCUCAGGACAAGUAAAAAUGAUAAGAAAAGAAGAACGGAACUUCCAGUACAUUUUAUGUUUCAUUCAGUUGAUUUUACUCGAUUUUUUUUUUUUUGAAUAAGAAAUAAAGAGUUUGUCAUUAUUAGAUGCAAUUUAUUGAUUUCUAUGUGGCAAUUGUCUUGCUUUUGGAGACUUGGUUGAACUGCGCUGUCAAUUUCAGUGUUUAGUAAGGUUGGUCAUUAUGGAAUGGUGUGUGUUUGUGUUUUUGUUUGUAAGAGCUCGUGAUAUUGUCUUUCUGAAAUUGGGUUUAUUAGAUUGCAUCGGUGAGUUACCUGUAGGAUGGUUGCUGCGAAUGACUUAACAGGUUGUUACUAUGAUUUGAAAUCGUGGUUGCUACAUUGGGCUUUGUUUAUGACUGUCAUCGCGUGCUGGAGUUGAUUUCUGUGCUGAAUGACGCUUCAUCUUUGUGAAGUUUAGAUGGAUAUCAGGCAAAUACCAACAUGGGACAUUCACAUUAGUGCUAUUUGUUUUAAUACAUUAGUUAUUGGGGUUGCAUGAAGUCUAGCUCCAGAUGGAAUUUUCCAUCUCUUUCAAUUAGCAUUCCUCUUCAAAUUCAUUUUCAAAUGCAAAAUUUGCGAGAAUCGAACAGGUGAAUCUAGAUUAUUUUGAGUCAUCAAUUGACGUUGUUACUUUUGGUAGCACUGUGUCAGCAAUCAUUUUUGAUAAGUACUGUGUCAGCAAUCAUGUGCUAUCCUAAUCUCUUAAGUUGAACAUCUUUUCUGGAUGUCUCUCUUUCCCUCUUUGAUUUUUAUGCUUCAUUUUAUUAAAAUGCUCUGUUGUUAGCUCUGUGAUCCAUGCGCUUCAGAGUGAUUAAUAAUGUGCCUUACUGGAUGCUUUUUGUACACCAAUACAGAUAUAUGUAUUUAUGUACUUUUGUAUCUUGGCUUAUUGUGCAACUCUUAUAUCCGGCAUACAGGUGGACAUGGAGAACAUGGUCUCCAAUCUUGUCAUCCAUUGUUUGCUAAAACCCAUGUUGCCCUUAAGGCAAAUUCUUUGGAAUCCAGCAGAAGGCGUUUCCUGCUGCUAAACAAGCCUUUCCUCUCCAAAGUUAAGCGGAAAUUCUCCGUUAAUUUCUCAGAUCAGCUCCGUAGUGACUAUAUGAAUGUUGAGCCAACAUCCAGAGAGUCUCGAAAUGAUAAAGUUAUUCAAUGGAAGCCUGAUGAUGGAGCAGAUGCUCUCAGUUCGAUUAAUGCCAAUAACUUUAAGACUGUACAGUCCAGAACCAAAAUGUUUAAAAAUAGGUUUUUGGAUUUUGUACGACUGAGUUCUGUCCUCAAUAAUGCUGCUGAGUCAUUUUUCAAGAGCGAGAUAAGGCGUAGGUUAUUUGUGACUGCCAUACUAAUUGUAAUUAGCCGUGUUGGAUAUUUCAUUCCUUUACCUGGAUUUGAUAGAAGGCUGAUACCUCAAGAUUACCUUAGCUUUGCCUCAGGAUCUGUUGAUGAACUUGGCGAUUUCACAUCGGAGCUUAAGCUGUCCCUUUUCCAGCUUGGGAUCAGUCCUCAGAUAAUAGCAUCAAUUAUCAUGCAGGUACUCUGUCAUGUCGUUCCUUCCUUAGUAAAGCUGCGGAAAGAAGGCUUGGAUGGCCAUCAGAAGAUUAAGAGUUAUAUAUGGUGGAUGUCAUUUGGCUUUGCAAUAUUGGAGGCUGUGAUAGUUUCUUGUUACUCACUUCAAUAUUCGAUCUAUGCAGCUAGUCAUAGGGUCAAACAUGUGAUGGUAACAACUCUUUUAUUAGUCUCUGGUGCGAUGACCAUCUCAUGGAUUUGUGAUACCAUAACAGAAUCUGGAUUUGGUCAAGGUUCAUCUCUAAUUAUAUGCGUGGGAAUAUUGACGGGCUACACAGAAACAUUAUACAAUAUGCUGUCUCAGCUCUCAGGAAGUGCUGUGAGUUGGUGGCCCUAUGUACUUGCAGUGUUGGGUAUUUUUACUGUGGUCACUAUGUGGGCAGUUGUGGUAACCGAAGGUUGCAGGAAAAUUAAGCUGCAGUAUUAUGGUUUCAAGCUUGCUUCUGCUGCAAGAGAUGACUCCCCAAUCACUGAAGUGGAGCCUUAUAUCCCUUUUAAUAUUAAUCCAUCAGGAAUGCAGCCCGUUCUUACGACAACUUAUCUCUUGGCAUUUCCCAGCAUUCUUGCAAGUCUCCUUGGAUCACGUUUCUGGGAGCAUGUGAAGGAGAUAUUGAACCCUGAGACUUCUCUUGGUGCAGAGCCUUGGGUUUACUAUUCAAUAUAUGCAUUCUUUGUCUUCCUAUUGAAUAUAUUUGACAUUGCCAACUUGCCAAAGGAAAUUUCUGAUUACUUAAAUAAGAUGGGUGCCCGGAUACCAAACAUAAAACCUGGGAAGGCUACCAUAGACUACCUCACAAAGAUUCAGGCAUCGACACGUUUUUGGGGGGGCCUGUUGUUAAGUGCUUUGGCAACUACAUCAACCAUACUAGAUCAUUACUUGCGCCGAAUAAAUGCUGGAUUUGCAAUUGGUUUUACAUCUGUUUUGAUCAUUGUGGGUUCCAUUAUUGAGCUUAGAAGAUCGUACCAAGCAUAUAAUGUAAUGCCAACUUUAAGCAAAGCUCUAAGACGAUUUGGUGUAUAGCUUCCAAGGAGGCCAUGCACUUCAUCUUGGGUGUUUACUUAUAAACUUCAAAGCAAAUCCUGCCUAGUUGAUAGUGCCAGAUGGUAUUCAAAAAUUCCUUUUGUUCCCGAGAUUCUCCAAAUGAUGAUAGUUGACCAAUAUUAACUGCCGAUGAAAUAUGUCUAGAGAGAAGCUGGGAUCCUCCUUGCAUCACAUCACAAUCUUCAUGGGGCUUGAAGUUUAGAGAGAAGCUGAUGCUGCAACAAGAGAGAUAAUACUGUAUCUCACUUUGUCACUUCAAUGGGAUAGCAGGCUCUGAAGCCUCGUAUUUUUGGACAUGUUUUUAUUUAUGUUUUAGACAAUUUUAGAGUCAGGAUGAGUUUAAUGGAUUGUAGAGAUAUACGGCCGUAGUUUUACCAAACCACUCGACAUCAUGUUCAGAUUUCAUGGAGACAUUAGCUUUAAUGUAAUCAAGAAAUCAUAUGUAAAUUAUUGGAUGUCUUGUCGGUUGGCACAGUAACUAUUUCUCCAAGGCUUGACAAAGCAAUUGGUGGUCA